AGUGUCAAGGUGACGCCGCCCGACUACAUGUUGUCUCUGUACCGGAGCCGCUCCCAUGGCGCGCACAACCGCAGCAUGGCCGACACUGUCACCAGCUUUGUGGACAGAGGUCAAGAUGAGAGGGGUUCCGUCCUGAGGCGUCAGCAGUACCAUUUCAACAUCUCUUCUUUGGAUCCAGACGAACUUUUGGGAGCAGAACUUCGCAUCCUGAGAAAGCCCUGGCCCGACCUCCGCAAGACCUCGUGGUUGAAGCUAUUCGAGUGUGGGUACGCUAGACAGAAGACAGUUCUGCUGCAGACAAUGGCGGCCGAGCCUUUGGAGGCUUCCCACGGUAGGUGGGAGGUGUUCAACGUGUGGAACUCGGUCAAGGGCUUUAAACGGACCCAACGGAACCAGCCAUUGUGCUUCCAACUGGAAGGGGGCGGUGGCACUGACCUCCGCUCACUGGGCUUGAGUCGACCCAGAAGGAGCGACAAGGAGAUGGCCUUCCUGCUAGCGUUCGGCCGUAGCAAUAAGUCCGAUCUGUUCUACAACGAGAUUCGAGCCCGGUCCGGUCACGACAACAAAACCGUCUACGAGUACUUGUUCACACAGCGACGCAUGAGGCGAGCUCCGCCCACCAGGGCCCUUCAAAAGCUACCUCCGCAGGCCUUCCCUCCGAAGACACGGGCGCGGUGCCAGCGGCGCCGCCUCCACGUCAACUUUAAAGAAAUGGGUUGGGACGACUGGAUCAUCGCGCCGCUCGACUACCAUGCCUUUCACUGCGGCGGCGCCUGCGACUUCCCGCUCCGCUCUCACAUGGAGCCCACCAACCACGCCAUCAUACAGACCCUGCUCCACUCCAUGGACCCUCUCUCGGCCCCGUCCUCCUGCUGCGUGCCCACGCGCCUCAGCCCAAUCAGCAUCCUCUACGUGGACUCCAACAACAACGUGGUCUACAAGCAGUACGACGAUAUGGUGGUCGACGCCUGCGGCUGUAGGUAACGCGCUACCUACAGACUGACUCGGGAAGUAGAUGGUUCAAAUGGUAAAUGUGGCCUCAAUAAGAAUGUUCCAACCAGGUUCUUUGUCGCUAUUUUAACGGCAUAUGGAAGUGGGCAGGGCUAAGCAAACAGUGAUGGAGCAGAAAAGGGCUUACACAGGUCAUAGUAAUAUUUAGAUGUAUGUACAAAAGUACUCGACGAACACUAUUGGACUUGGUGAUACACUCAUACUGAUAGUCUUGGCAGAACUGGUGGGGACGGCGUGGCGCGGUUGGGAGAGUGGCCGUGUCAGCAACCUGAGGGUUCCUGCUUCGAUCCCCACCUACUACCAACCUCGUCACGUCCGUUGUGUCCUUGAGCAAGACACUUCACCCUUGCUCCUGAUGGGUUUUGGUUAGGGCCUUGCAUGGCAGCUCCCGCCAUCUGUGUGUGAAUGGGUGAAUGUGGAAAUAGUGUCAAAGUGCUUUGAGUACCUUGAAGGUAGAAAAGCGCUAUACAAGCAUAACCCAUUUACCAUUUAACUGCGCUACUCGUUUGGCAACCUGUGGAAAAGUGUCAGCAGGUACGAGCAUGUAGGCCUGACGAGGCCGAUUUGGUUUCCACUAAUCAGAACCACCUGUGGGAAAGACGCCGGUUAACAAGCAUGCAACUACAGUAUGUGUAACAAUUUUUCAGUCUGCCUGUUCAGUCCAGCCCAAGCCAGGCUUGAAUCAGCGACUGUGGACUUACCAGUGAAUGAGAGUUAAGGGCAACAGUGCGAGUCGAUGAGCUAAAAAGCCCUGAGCUGUCAGCUCGCCGUCCAGCACGGUCCGGAAGUGCAGCACGGCCACACUAGAUGGCAACCGUCACAUGUGCAUGUGUCCCUCAGUGGAACAUCCAAUAACCUUCUGGGACCUUAAAGAGCUUUGUCAGCAUCGACGUUCUCCAGCACACACACACACAUACACACACACACACACACACACACACACACACACACACACACAUUUAGCGUGAACAACUCAUUUGAAGUCUUUCUUUGAAGUCCACUCCAUGUUUUCCUUGUGACUCCUUGAAUAUUCCUGCACUUCCAAGUAACAAGCCAAGGACUCCUUCAGCCAGUCGCACUAAAUCAUUCACGUCGGAAACUAAAGAGACGUUUGUUUUGAAGGGGAACUUUUGGAUUAUUGUUUUAGCCACUUGAGCUGUGUGUGUGUGUGUCUAUAUACGUGUGUGAGUGUAGUCAAGUUUCACACACAACUUGUGUUCAUAAUCCAAGUCAGCAUGUUGAAGGAAACACGGUGGUGGACUCUGUGUAUGUUGAGUCACGCACUUUGGCUCCAGUCCUCAUGGGGUGUGUGUGUGUGUGUGUGUGUGUGUGUGUGUGUGUGUGUGUGUGUGUGUGUGUGUGUGUGUGUGUGUGUGAGGGAGUUUUUCAUCCAUGUGAACUUUAUACUUGAAAACACAUGUGUCAAACUCAA